AUGACGCUUCCGGUGUUGAUUGGUGUUUCUGGUUUGUGCGCCAAGAACGCUUCUCGAGUGUUGAUUCGUCAAGCCCCUGUCUUGACAGGGCCAAUUUUAAGGACUUUGCAUAGAAAGCAUUUUCUUACAGGCAGCGUGCUACAAAACAGAUUAUAUUCGGACAAGAACCAAACAGGCAAGGAUCAUAAUGGUGUUACAGGUUCUCAGCAUUCGGAGGACUCGAAGAACACUGUAAAUGGGGCAACAAGUGGUGCAGAAAAUGUUCAGCAGCCCAAGCAACUAAACGGGAUUAAUUCGAGUGAUAUUGAUCCGGCAAAUGGACCUGUAUCACACGCUGUUUUGGCUACUAAGGAACAGCAAGCUAAUAAAGAUUUGUCUAACCCAAGUGCGCAAGCGGAGUUCUAUAAACUUCUCUUGAAAUCGAACUAUCCGCAAUACGUUGUUUCGAGAUUUGAAACUCCUGGUAUUACUUCAUCGCCUGAAUGUAUGGCUUUGUAUAUGGAAGCUUUACAAAGGAUCGGUAGGCACGCUGAUGCUGAGUCUGUGAGGCAGACUUUGUUGACGACUGCUCCAGCUGGAAGUAUUCCUCCUGCCGUGGCUUCAUCUGGUGCUUCUUCCGCUGCAUCGGCUAACGGUGCUGCUGCCCAAGUUACUGGAGGUGUUUCAUCUGGUUAUUCUGGCAUCUAUAAUCCGUACAUGGGAUCCAAAAAGGAACCUCUACAUGUUGUUGUCACUGAAUCCACAUUCUCUAUUGUUUCCAGAUGGUUAAAAUGGUUGAUCGUAUUUGGUGCAGUUACAUACGGUUUGACUGAAGGUUUCAAAUACAUUACAGAACAUUCAACCCUCUUCAAGACAAAUGAAGUCGCCGAUAAAUCUGUGGAUGUUGCAAAGACUAAUGUAAGAUUUGAUGACGUGCGGGGUUGUGACGAAGCUAGAGCUGAAUUGGAGGAAAUUGUCGAUUUCUUAAAAGAUCCUACCAAAUACGAAUCCUUGGGUGGUAAGUUACCUAAAGGUGUUCUAUUGACCGGACCUCCAGGUACUGGUAAGACUUUAUUGGCAAGAGCCACCGCCGGUGAAGCUGGUGUUGACUUUUUCUUCAUGUCAGGGUCAGAGUUUGACGAAGUUUAUGUAGGUGUUGGUGCCAAGCGUAUCAGAGAGUUGUUUGCACAGGCCCGCGCUCGUGCCCCUGCUAUUAUCUUUAUCGAUGAAUUGGAUGCUAUUGGAGGUAAGCGUAAUCCCAAAGAUCAAGCUUACGCAAAACAAACUUUGAAUCAAUUGUUGGUUGAAUUGGAUGGGUUUUCCCAAACAAGCGGUAUAAUUAUCAUCGGUGCCACUAACUUCCCAGAAUCAUUGGAUAAGGCUUUGACAAGACCAGGUAGAUUCGAUAAGGUCGUCAAUGUUGACUUACCUGAUGUUCGCGGGCGUGCUGACAUUUUGAGACAUCAUAUGAAGAAGGUUACUGUUGCUCCUGAUGUGGACCCAACUAUCAUUGCAAGAGGAACCCCAGGUCUUUCUGGUGCUGAGUUGAUGAAUUUAGUUAACCAAGCCGCCGUAUACGCUUGUCAGAAAAAUGCUAUUGCUGUCGAUAUGCAGCACUUUGAAUGGGCAAAGGAUAAAAUCUUGAUGGGUGCUGAAAGGAAAACUAUGGUUCUCACUGAAGCUACUAAAAGAGCCACCGCUUAUCAUGAAGCCGGGCAUGCAUUGAUGGCACUGUACACUGCCGGGGCAACGCCAUUAUACAAAGCAACUAUCUUGCCAAGAGGCAGGGCAUUAGGUAUCACUUUCCAACUUCCUGAAAUGGAUAAGGUGGACAUCACUAAGAAAGAAUGUCUAGCUAGGUUAGAUGUGUGCAUGGGUGGUAAGAUUGCAGAAGAACUGAUUUAUGGUAAGGAAAAUACUACCAGUGGUUGUGGUUCGGAUUUACAAAAUGCUACCAACACUGCUAGAGCAAUGGUUACUCAGUACGGUAUGAGUGAACAAGUCGGACCAGUAAAUUUGGCUGAUAAGUGGGACUCAUGGUCUGGAAAAAUUCGUGACGUUGCUGAUAACGAAGUACUUGAACUUUUGAAAGCUUCAGAAGAUAGGACGAGAGCCUUAUUAGCAGAAAGGGAAAAGGAAUUGCAUAGAUUAGCUCAAGGAUUAAUGGAAUACGAAACAUUAGAUAGUACCGAAAUUCAGAAGGUAUGCAAAGGAGAACCUAUCAAUAAAAUGAAAAUGGCCACUACUACGGUGGUUGAAGGACCAGACAGCGAUGAUCGUAAGGAAAUCGGCGGUGAUAAAUCAAAAAUUCCGGUACUGAUUAAAGCAUGA